ACUAGUAGCCCACUUUCCCACCCCUCCCUCCUUAUCAUUUGGUUAUUGUGACUACAAGGGAGGUAAAGCUCGACUGCACCAAAGUAGAUUGUGUGAUUAUCUGUUCAUCAUGAGUGGAAGCACGGAAGAAGUUGUACAACUAGCAGACAGUGUCAAAACACUGGUAGUGUUGGAGUUUUCCCCCAAGACACCUGAAGAGACAAAAAAAUGGCUUAUUGGUCUCAUUCAAGCACCAGUCUCUACUGGAGGUGCAGGUCUUCAGUGUAAAAUAGAACCAGACUCCCUCAAGAAGUGUGACACACUACAUUUAUGGGGCUCCACCAAAAGGCUUCUAGAAGGGGCUGAAAAAUUCAAAGUUAAGAAGAGUCACAUAUCUGGUGCCAUGUUAGACUUCUGUCUUAAUAACUGUAAGGAGUUCAAAGAUUUUGGAUCAGACGGGGAAGGAUUCCUGACAACUUCUGAAAGCCAAAGGAUUGUCCAGUGUUCUUUGGAUGCUAUCAAAUGUCACAUGGACAUGUCUGUGCCUGGAUAUACAGAAAUAACACUUUAUAAGAACAGAGCGAUUGUGCCCAAGAUUGUUUCAAAGGGAGUGUUAACAGCUAUCUACCCUCUUCAUGAGAAAAACAAACUCAAAGCCUUGGAACACAAAUGGUUUCUUGGGUUCCAGGCAAAGCAGCCACUUGAUGAUAUCAGAGAGUACUACGGAGACACUAUUGCCAUGUACUUUGGAUUCCUUGGGUUUUACUCCUUGACUCUGAUACCUCCAGUUCUCCUGAUGGUUGUCUUCUGGUUUUCCAAUGCUCAUGAACAAACCAAGAAUACUGUCUUUGGUGUUCUUAACUUGCUUUGGGCUACUGUCUUUCUUGAAGCCUGGAAGCGUCGCUGUUCAGAACUUUCUUUCAAGUGGGGCACUCUGAAGAAAAAUCUAGGUUCUGAGGAGAUCGAAGAGCCACGUCCAAAUUACUGGGGACCCAUGCGAACCAGCCCAAUCACAGGCCAACAAGAGCAGUACUAUCCCCCAAUGAAAAGAAAGAUCAAAACCUACUGCAUCUCGUACCCCAUCGUGUUGAUGUGCAUGAAGGUAGCAACGGUUGUCAUGCUGAUGUACUUCAGAUUACAGUUUUAUAUGGAAGAGAAGUAUGCUAAGAGUGGAGGCAUCGUUGGAUCUGUCAUGCUUCUUGUGCCCAGUAUUUUCUAUGCUGUUAUGAUUGCUGUUUUGAAUUAUGCGUAUCAUCUCUUGGCUACCUACCUCACAGAAUGGGAAAACCAUCGCCUUGAAUCUUCCUUCAAGAACCAUCUCAUUGUAAAGCUGGUGUUGUUUUACUUCGUUAACUGUUUCUAUUCCUUGUUCUACAUCGCGUUUUAUCUUCAAGACAUCGAACUCUUAAGAAGACAUCUCGCAGCAUUACUCGUCACUUCUCAAGUCAUCCAGCAAAUCACAGAAUCCUUGAUUCCUUACCUGAUGUUCAGGAGUCGGGUUACCACGGUAACCAAGGAAGGCAAGAAGUUUGUAGUCAAAUCUGCGGACCUUUCUGAUCAGAUUGAACGACAAGGACAACAAGAAGUCUACAUCGAUACUUUUGCAGACUACUUGGAGCUGUUUCUUCAGUUUGGUUAUACGUUUCUAUUCUCCUCGGUGUACCCCAUGGCUGCAUUCUGGGCCCUUCUUAAUAACGUGAUAGAAAUAAGAACAGACGCGUUCAAGAUGUGUAGGAUCUUCCAGAGACCUUUCGCCACACCCGCCGCAUCCAUUGGCGCAUGGCAGUCUGCCUUCGAAGCAAUGAGCGUUAUUGCCGUCAUCACUAACUGUGCUCUGAUAGGAAUGGCUGCCAACAGUGCUCACUGGUUACCAGACCUCACUCCUGUCAAUGCUGUUCUUAUUUUUGUCGCAAUCGAGCAUUUUUUGUUGGGUGCCAAGUUUGUUCUCGCUCUUGUCAUACCUGACGUUCCACAGUGGGUACAAGAUGAGAUGGCCAAGCAGGAUUACCAGACACAACUCAGUCUUAAGGGAAAUCAAGGCAGACCCUCGCGACAAACCGUUGGAGAGCCAAAAGAAACCGUAAUAUACUAGAAGUUUUCGAUUAAGUAUGCAUCCUGCAGGAAUCAUUCUUCGUCCUUGACCCCAGUGUUGUAAUUUAUUCCUCGUACUUCCUAAGGUCAUACAAAGCCUUUUCAGGUAUUCCUCGCUUGUUGAUUAUUCCUUAGACGGGAUACCUGUGGUGAGUCAGUUACCAAGGGGACUGAUUACCACAGGAAUCUCGAACGUGAAAGAAAGAGUCCCCAAAGGAGGCAGCAUCUGAUGCCAAGAGAUGCACACACUAGUUAUACGACUUUAAUAUGACUUUGUAAAAAAUACUUAAAAUUAGUAAUGUUAAAAAAGAGUAAACGGGACUGAGUUUAAUAAUAAAAUGUGUUGUCUAAACUUAGGAUCCUUCCUUCAGAAUAAAUGAUUUUCUUAUAA